AUGUCAGAAGACAAGAUCACCGGAACCUUGGCUUUCACUGUCUUCACUGCUGUUCUGAGUUCCUUCCAGUUCGGCUAUGACAUCGGUGUGAUCAAUGCGCCCCAGGAGGUAAUAAUAUCUCACUACCGACAUGUUUUGGGUUUUCCACUGGAUGACCGGAGAGCUACCAUUAACUAUGACGUCAAUGGCACAGACACCCCACUCAUCGUCACACCAGCAUACACCACACCAGUCCCCUGGGAUGAAGAGGAGACUGAAGGAUCUGAUCACAUAGUCACUAUGCUCUGGUCUCUGUCUGUGUCCAGUUUCGCAGUGGGAGGAAUGGUUGCCUCAUUCUUCGGUGGGUGGCUCGGGGACAAACUUGGAAGGAUCAAAGCCAUGUUGGCUGCAAACAGCCUCUCGUUGACUGGAGCCCUCUUGAUGGGGUGUUCCAAAUUUGGACCAGCACACGCCCUCAUCAUCGCUGGAAGAAGCGUAUCAGGACUGUACUGUGGGCUAAUUUCAGGACUGGUUCCCAUGUACAUCGGAGAGAUUGCUCCAACCACACUUAGGGGUGCCCUGGGCACUCUUCACCAGCUGGCCCUUGUCACGGGCAUUCUUAUUAGUCAGAUCGCUGGCCUCAGCUUUAUUCUGGGCAAUCAGGAUCACUGGCACAUCCUACUCGGCCUAUCUGCUGUGCCAGCUCUCCUGCAGUGCCUGCUACUGCUCUUCUGUCCAGAAAGCCCCAGAUACCUUUAUAUAAAGUUGGAAGAGGAAGUCAGGGCAAAGAAAAGCUUGAAGAGACUAAGAGGAACUGAAGAUGUCACCAAAGAUAUUAAUGAGAUGAAGAAAGAAAAGGAAGAGGCGUCGACUGAGCAGAAGGUCUCCGUGAUCCAGCUCUUCACGGAUUCGAAUUACCGACAGCCCAUCCUCGUGGCGCUGAUGCUGCACAUGGCCCAGCAGUUCUCCGGCAUCAAUGGGAUAUUUUACUAUUCAACCAGCAUUUUUCAGACAGCUGGCAUUAGCCAGCCCGUGUAUGCAACCAUCGGUGUUGGCGCCAUCAACAUGAUCUUCACGGCUGUCUCUGUGCUGCUUGUGGAGAAGGCGGGGCGGAGGACCCUGUUCCUAACCGGGAUGAUUGGCAUGUUUUUCUGUGCCAUCUUCAUGUCAGUGGGACUAGUGUUGCUGGAUAAGUUCGACUGGAUGAGUUACGUGAGCAUGACAGCCAUCUUCCUCUUCGUCAGUUUCUUUGAGAUUGGGCCAGGUCCAAUCCCUUGGUUCAUGGUUGCUGAAUUUUUCAGCCAAGGACCCCGUCCCACGGCUCUGGCCCUGGCUGCCUUCAGCAACUGGGUCUGCAAUUUCGUCAUCGCCCUCUGCUUCCAGUACAUUGCGGAUUUCCUCGGCCCUUACGUGUUCUUCCUCUUUGCUGGAGUGGUCCUGGCCUUCACUCUGUUUACAUUUUUUAAAGUUCCAGAAACCAAAGGAAAGUCUUUUGAGGAAAUCGCUGCAGAAUUCCGGAAGAAGAGUGGUUCGGCCCCACCACGCAAAGCUGCUGUACAAAUGGAAUUCCUGGCAUCUUCAGAGACGGGACCAUACUCUGCGGUGCUCGGAAUCGUCUGUGCUGACGACCGUCGAUGCCCUCCGUUUUGGAAGGGGAAGCCGCAGCAAAUGGAUGUUUAUGAAUCCGGCUGUGUAUCUGGGGCUUUCCUAUCAGCAGUUCAGCUACGGAUGAGAGACCCCAGGCUGGGGGAGCAGGUGUCUGUUCCCAGAGCUAUGGGAGCGGGCAUCAUUCAGAUCCAGUUCUCUGGCUCCAGGACUGCGCUCUGGGUAGCCGCUAGUCCACCGAGGACACUGGACAAGCUGGUUAGAGAGAGAGAGGAGGAAAGCAAUGACCCACGAGCAUGUCUGUGCUACAGCUGUCGUAAUGGGAUAGUAGAUGUGCUCAUCUGA